UCCCGUACAGUCACUCUCAGUGCAGUGUGAAUACAAUUUCUUCGCGGGGGUCUUGUUAUUUCAUCUCUAUCUCUCUAUACGUACAGCUUGUGCGUUUGUGUCUACAUACAUACUUUUUAUCUGCACAGAGGAGCCCUUUAGCUUCUCCGGCUUCGAGGACCGAGUUUUCUUGAAUCCCAAGAAGAUUGAUGUUGCUUUUUUUAUUGUUUUCUGACUCAACUGCUCACCUGCAAUUCUUUUCUUUGCGUUCAGUCAAGAGGCAUCUAUAACUGCAAGUCUCAUUCUCUAACUACGACCUUUUACAGUCUUUCCGAGUGCUAAAACGAGUACAAUCAUAAGAUGUAAUACAAUGCAACCGAGCAUGGAACGGAGCUCAACAUUACAACAAAUCUUGAUUGCCGAUUACACAAAAACUCAAGAAAAGCGAAGGGUUGGACAUUCGUUCGGCCAGCCGUAUCUCGACACAAAAUGCGAAUCGAAACCAAGUAUGAAAACCGAGAGAGUGGGCCCACACAAACACUCACAAAGUGUCCAGAAGCCUCGGCUCGCGAUUAAUAGAUCACUUGAUGGUGAUAAUGAUAAUUAUGAUGAUGAUAACGAGCUCGUCAAGUACAUGUCGAAUUUACCUGCUUUUCUUCAGCACAUGGAGAAGGGAAGUAGUAACGUUCAAGAAAAAGCGCUUAAUUUCGGUGUGCUCGAUUGGAAUCGUCUGGAGAAGUGGAAGUAUAACGAGCGAAUGCCCACUGGAAAAUUUCCUCAAAAGGCAUCAUCAUCAGCAUCAUCAUCGAGCAGCAGCAAUAUUCGGAUAGGCCAAGACUCGAUAAAGCAGCCAUCUUUCUCACACGGCUCUCGAUUUGGUUCGCCCAAGGAAGAAAAAAAUGUGGGUUAUCAUCACAAGGGUGAAAAAUAUGCUGAGCUAAUUCGGUCUAAUAAAGGAAAAGAAACGUUCAAUCAAGAACAUCAAGCUGACCGUUUUCAUCAGAGAGCAAAGUCUUAUGGGGAGACAAAUGUGUAUCCAAAGAAGGAGAUUUUUCCAAAAGAAGAAACUUUGCGAAACAAUAGUUAUUAUGCUCGGGAGAAAAGGAAGGUGACGAGGUCUGGUGAAAUAAAAUUAAAACCGAAUCAUUUCGAAAGAGAUGGAUCUAAGACAUCUCUUGAUGAUGGGCAAUUAGCAGAAGUGGUGGGUACGCGAUUAUCUGAUUUUUUUUAUCCUCAAGAGCUGAAAUCUGGUGAAAUGAAUAAUCCAGUGACCUCAAAAGCAGUCGAUGUGGAAGUUAACCUGAGUGGAUCAGAAAGUAAACGUUCAUCGGCACAUGAAGAAAAAAAUGGUAGUAGCGCAUCAUCAUCAUCUUUUCUCGAGUCAUCUUCGGAUAAAUAUCAACAAGCCGAAAUUGCUAAAACUCUCACUCCAAAAGAAAGUCCCACCUCACCCACCCGUCGUUUUAGCUUCCACUUGGGAAGAAUGAGCAAAAGUCUUAGCUUCAAGGAUAACUCGGAAGUACCCCAUUUGAGUUCACAAUACACGAGCAUCAAAUCAGGCCCAGUUAGGCCCAAAACAUCCUCUGGCCCAGAUAAUAAUAAUAAUAACCUCAAAAGUGACUGCAGCCGAGCAAGGUCCAGCCCGUUGAGAAGAUUGCUGGACCCACUGCUGAAGCACAAAGGGGGGGCCCACCCAGCCGAGCCCGGCCCAUCUCAAGAUCGAAAGCCCGAGAGGCCCACUACUACUUUAUUAGCUCUUCUGCAGAUAACUUUGAAAAAUGGGCUUCCUUUCUUUAAGCUAGUGGUCAACAGUAGCAAUGAGAUGUUAGCUGCUACAGUGAAGAGGCUGCCGGUAUAUGGGAAAACCGAUUCUUGCAUGAUGUACGUGUUUUAUUCAGUUCACGAGGUUAAGACGAAAAAGGGCAUGAGCUGGAUUAAUCACGGCUCGAAGAGUAAUGAAAAAAGCUGCAAUCUUGGAUAUAACAUUGUUGGGCAGAUGAAAAUUUCGAGCUCGAGCGAAUGCAAUUCGAAGGAAUGCGUACUUUACUGUGUUGAUCCUAAAAAGGAACUUGCUGCUGUUAUUGUUGGGAAAACCGGUAAAAAAAUGGAGAGCCAGGAAAAAAUUACGAACGAUAAUAGUGGCACUGUUGUAAUUCUUCCGGGUGGAGUUCAUGGCUUGCCGAAUGAAGGUUUUUUACCCUCGUCGUUGAUUAGCAGGUGGAGAUUCGGAGGGUCGUGUGAUUGUGGAGGAUGGGAUGUUGGCUGCAAGCUUCGUGUGCUCGUUGACUGUGAAAAAACAAGUAGCCAUUGUCUUCAACCGUUUGAGCCGAGCUCCAGUAUCGAUUACAUCAAUCUUUACUCAGAGGGUGGAGAAAAAGGGAGCAAGCCUGUUUUAACAAUGAAGCCAUUUAGCAAUGGGUAUUAUUCAAUCGAGCUCGAUUCAUCGAUUUCUUUGCUGGAGGCAUUCGCCACUUGUGUGGCGCACGUAACUUGUUUGAAAUUCGCUGAACUCACGGAUGCGAAAAGCUCGGAUUCUCAAUAUUUAGCAGAGGCAUUAUUAGCCGAAGCUGACAAAAGGAAAACAACAACUGUUACAUGCCCGCCAUUAUCUCCUGCAGGAAGGAUUUAAAUAAGUACUAAAGGCUUAUGAUAUUUCGAAUUACUGAAGGCCGCAUCUAUAUCUCGAAGAGACUUAUGUUGUUGGCAAGAAACGGAAAAUGAUGAGUACUGAUUUUUUUUUUUCCUUUUCCAAAAGCACCUGUUUUUUAGUGUUGUGAAGAUAUUUGAUCUGCAGAGCAGAAUAGUUAUGUGAUCUCUCUGUAAUAUUUUUUUGCUGCUGGUGGGUUUUUAGCUAUGUAAAGUGAAGUAGAUAUUAGUGCAAUGAGUAUUAUCUGAAGCUAAUAGUGAUUGACAAUAUGAUGGUUAUUCUUAGCCUUUCAAGUUUUCAACUAAUUAAUAGUAGAAAAAUAUAUUUCAAAC